UACUGUGCCACUCUCUCAUCUUCUGGAAACAAACUCAAUUCGCAUUAUUCACAUCAGUUCUGAGCUCAAUUUUAACUAAAUUAAUAAUUUUAAUCGCAAUUACCCAAAUUUUUAAUCAAAUUGUGAGUCAAAAUGGUCAAUGCUCCUGAAGUUACAGUAACUGCAGCUUCUCCCAGUGGCAAACCAGUGGAAUCCAAGACCACCGAAAUCUCGGCUACAGUUGCCGAAAAGAAACCUGACAAUGGAACGCUCACUGAAAACGGAGACCACGUGAACGGGUCUGAAAAGACGGAAGAUUCCAAGAACGCAUCAGAAGCCAAAGUUGAAGAAUUGGCUACGGUUGAAAGUGCGACGGAGUUGUUGACAAAAGGAAAGCGUGAUCUGUUCUGCGACAAUCCGACGCAGGCGGUGGCGACAUUGUCGGAGGCAUGUGCCCAGUUUGACAAGGUGUUUGGAGAAGGUAAUGUGAAGUGUGCGAAGGGUUACUUCUGGUAUGGAAAUGCCCUGAUGGAAUUGGCAAGAGUAGAAAACGACGUGCUCGGAAAUGCUUUGCAGGGUAUCCCAAGUGGCGACACUCCUCAGAAGGGUCCCAAAGUGACUGAAGACAACGCCCGUAGUAAGAAUGAGGAGGGUGUGGUUGUUGAAGACCCAGACUCCCUCACGGAACAGGAGAAAGAAGAUGUACGUGAAAAGGUAGCUGAGGCUAUGGAAGAAGCGGCUGCUGAGGGCGAAGAAAAAGACGAAAUUGAACAAACCGAAACAGCCGAGGAUGAUAAGUCAAUGACAGCCGAAGAGAAGGAUGAAGAUAAAACGACGACUGAAGACAAUGAAGCGAAAGAGGGCGAGGAGGAUAAGGAGAACGCUUCUGUUGAUGAAGAAACCACUGAAGAGACAACUGCCGACCAAGAGAAAGCCGAUGGUGAAGAUGCAGUGAUGGACGAAGAGAAUAUUGAGGAGGAACAGAAUGACGAAGAUGAUGAUGAUGAAGACGACGACAGUCUGAAGCUCUCGUGGCAGAUGUUGGACUGGGCCAGGAAACUGUUCGAGGCAGCCACGGACCAAGAGAUUGAAGGAAGGACCGACUUGUUAGCCCAAUGCUUUCUCAAAUUGGGUGAGAAUCUGAUGGAGUCUAGUCACCAUACUGACGCUGAAGUGGAGUUCAAAAAGUGCAUAGAAGUGUACCUGGCUGCAAUUGCCAACAUCGGCAAGGACUCUUCGAACGACAAAGAAAAGAGUUUUUUCGAAAGAUCUCUCGCCGAAGCCUACUUUAUGGCGGGUGUUAAUUUGACGAACGGAAAGAACUACACGAAUGCUGUGAAUAAUUUCGAGGCGGCUAUCUCGGUGAUCAAGAAGCUAAUGGCCUCGACUGAGAUGAAGCUGCAAGAGUUGAAGGGAGAGUCAGAGGAAGUGACCAAGCAGAAGUCCGCCAUGAACGACGAGCUGAAGCAGCUUCAGGAUAUCCUUCCCAAUAUGGAAGAAAAGCUCCAGGAUGCGAAGCUGUGCAGUGCGAAGAUGACGACAUCAGAAGCUGCUGGAGAGGGAGAUGUGGCCAGUGACGUCACAACGGAAAAGUCUGCUCUGCAGGAAGCCAUGCGACAGGUGGAGGAGAAAGAAGCGGCUGAGAUGAGUGAAUCGGCAGGUGUGGCCAGUGGACCUGCGAAGAGCAUCAACCAUCUGGUGAAGAGGAAAAGUCCCCUGAAGGAGAAACAGCCCCAGCCAGCUGUCGCCGAAACUAACAACUCAAACACUGGCAGCACGCAUAUGGAAAAGGACGAAGACGACGCAGCAACGAAGCGAAAAGCAGACCCUACCUCCGAUUCUGACUCGAUCCCCUCCAAGAAGGCGAAGAUGGACGAGAUGCCCAAUGGAGACGCCCAAACCAACGGAGUCGACAGUGAAAAUAAAUCCGCACCUGUAGCUUCAGCUUAAACAUACUAGUUUUUCUUGUUCUAUUUUGUGAUCCAAGCUUGACCUUGUGUGCAAUAGUGUUGAAAGUUUCGUUAUCCAUUUGAUGCUUAAUGUUGAAGUACUACUUACUACGUUGAUCGUUGUGUUUGCUUAGCAGCUGUAUUUGUACAGUCGAGGUAUUGAUAAUGCCUAGUGAUUUGAUUAAUUUAUUUGAACUUUAGCAGCAACGAAAUAGUUGAUUGCUUGUCGAUAGCUUCUCGUUUUGGAGAUAGUUUCGAGUUUUAAUUGAAUUUGAAUAUUAAA